AUGCCGCAGUGGAGGGCCUCGCCGUCACGCCCAGCUCCUCCUGUCGCCUCGACCCAUCCCGACAACCCGUCCAACUCGUUCGACUCGCUCUUCGCCAGCACCUCGUCGUCGCGCUCCUCUCGCGCGCCCGGCACGCCAUCCACUUCGGCCUCGUCAUCGUCGAGCACGCCCGCGCGAGGUCUCUCGAGCUCGAGCUCGGCCUACUCGCUCCUGUCGCGCAAAAUGGCCGAGAUGGAGGACGAGGACGACCGCAUGAGCAUCCGCAGCGGGGUCAGCGCGAGGAGCGGGACAGCAGGAUCGGCGGCGCGAGGACUCGAGGGCGGCGCGAGCGGCGACAGCGACGAGGUCGGCGCGGGCAAGGGCAGAGGCCGGGCGACGAGCUCGGCGAGUUCGGUGAGGACGGCGCGAGGGCGGGUCGACGCCAACGACGACCUGAUGGACGUCGACGAGCCGCGGUUCGUCGACGGCGAGGGCAAGGGCAAGGGCAAAGAGCCCGACACGCUCCCGUCCUCGUCGACGGUCAAGCGUCAACGGCGUAGAGCGCCCUCCCUCCUCGGGCCCGGCGCCGACCGCUCGCCUCGCCGUCGGUCGACCUACCAGGCGCCAGGCGGCUCGAGCAGCACUCUCGCCGCAGGACCGCAGCCGACGCUGUCGACAACGACCGCCGACGACCUCAUGCCGAGCAUGCGCAAAAAGCCCGACCGCGCCUCGUCCGUCUCGUCCGCCUCGACCUCGACCAAAUCCCUCUCGCGCCCGCUCCAGCCGAGCACAUCCACCUCGACGCUUCGCCCGCCUCGUCCCUCUCCUGAUCGCAAGGCCACCUCGCCGGCCGUCGAUCCUCCCUCCUCCACAUCCCCUCAAGCCGACCAACCCCUGUCCACCCGGCCAUCCUCCUCGACCGCGCCUAGCCAGCGCAGCGCCAAGUCGUCGCUCGCCCGCCGCAGCUGGUUCGGCAUGGCAGCCGCUCCCGAGCAGGCGCCGUCGGCGAGCGAGGCGCCAACACCGGCGACGCCGCAAUCGUCGACGGCGGACGAGCCGAUGUGCACGUCCGAGGACGGCGAGCGUGCAGGUCUCGUCGAGCAGGCGCCAGCGAGCGGCCCUACGCCGCUCGAGAGCGCGAGCGAGCCGGCUCGGCAGGACGGCACCGAGUCGCCCGCCGCCGCCGCCGCCGCACCACCUCACAGCUGGCUGUCGCUCGUCGCCCGCGCCACGCCGAGCUCGCUCAACCUCGCCGCACAAGCUCUCGGCUACGGCGCCCCUGCGUCGAUCGAGGCGAUGCAGCUCGACGAGCCGGCACCUGUCGAGGACAACGACUCGACGCCGCCUGCAACGCCUCGCGCUGCUCGACCAGACGACGACACGGUGCGAGUUGCUCCUGUACCGCCGCCGAGCCACGACUCGGCGACGGCGGCAUCGACGGCGGCCGACCAGUCGGCCUCGCGCGCGAGCUGGUUCGGCUGGGGCUGGAGCGGGCCAGCGACAGAGCCCGAUCCUUCGGCUCCCGCCGAGUCUACGGCGGCCGCUCCCGACGAGUCGACGCCUGCGGCCCCGCCCGUCGUACCAUCGAGCGCCGCGACCGCGGUCGUCGCCGCCCCGACGCCCACGAGCACGCCGGCUCCCGAUGCCGCGCCAUCCUCGUCUUCAACCACUUCCUCUGCCGCCGGAUCCGGCUGGCUGCGGGCGUUCACGACGGCUUUGACGGCCGGGCCUCAGCCGUCGGCCGAGGCGCUCAUCGAGCAGCGCCGGCGCGAGGCGUGGGCGCUCAAGCUCGCGGCGCAGAACGCGGCGCGGGACCAGAAGGCGAUCGAGUCGGCGCCCGUCGUCACCGAGGGCGAGCGCGCCGAGCCGAUGAGCGGCGAGCCGGUCCAGAGCCAGCAGCACGAGCAGCAGGAGGCGCUCACGCCGGCGCAGCAGAUCAAGCACCGCGCGUCGAGCUCUGCGUGGAACCUGUCGUCGAGCCUGUUCUCGCGCACGCCCAACUCGCUGCGAGGCCCGCUCGCGUCGCUCGGCGUCGGCUCGUCGUCAGCCGCGUCGACCCACUCGCACGGCUCGUCGCACGCGACCGACACGGCGCCGUCGUCACCUCAGCUGCGGCCCCAGUCGAACCAGGGCCCCGUCAAGCCGCUCACGGGCUCGAUCCGCUCGUCGCCCCGCCAAGGUCGGCCGUCGCCCGGCGCCGUCGAGCCGCCGUCGCCCGCCGUCAUCGACAACCUCGUCCUCCCUACCUUUAACGACACGUUCUUCCGCCCGCCGAGGUCGUUUGCGCCCAAGAAGUCGACCAUCACGCGCGCCGUGAGCGCCGUGUCGGCCUACCUGUUCCACCGCCCGCCGGAGGAGCUCACGAGCCCGCGCCUCGCCCAGGCGCAGCUCGCGGCGGGCGUCAACCCGGCCGGUCUGCCGACCGAGAUGGAGGACGAUCCGGCCGAGCAGCUGCCCAAGGCGCUCGAGGCGGUCGGCGAGCCGGCGAGGCUCGACAAGGUCAAGCGCGUCGUGACGAUUGGCGUUCACGGCUGGUUCACGAGCAACAACAUGAUCAAGUCGGUCAUGGGCGAGCAGACGGGCACGAGCGUCAAGUUCGCGACGAUGAUGCACGACGCCGUGCAGGCGUACCUCGAGUCGCACGACCUCGGCUCGUUCAACAUCCAGGCGAUCGCGCUCGAGGGCCAGGGCAUGGUCGAGGAGCGCGUCUCGAAGCUGUACGACCAGCUCGUCGGGCGCGAGGAGUGGGUGCGUGCGCUCAAGAUGGCCGACGCCGUCUUUCUCGCGACGCACUCGCAAGGGUGCGUCGUCUCGACGCAGCUCCUCGCGAGGAUGCUCGACCAGGGCCUCAUCACGGGCACGCAGACCCACCUUCUCGCCAUGUGCGGCAUCGCGCAAGGACCGUUCGUCUACCUGUACCAGUCGAUCGCGCUCGCGCCCUACUUCAACUACCUCGAGUCGGCGCCGGCGCGCGAGCUGUUCGACUAUCAGUCGCCCGAGUCGGUCGCCACGAUCAAGUUCCUCGAGAGCUUGCGCAUCAUCCUCAACGCCGGCGUCAAGGUGACGAGCGUCGGCUCGAUCAACGACCAGGUCGUCCCGCUCUACUCGGCCCUCUUCUCUGGCAUCGACCACCCGGGCAUCCUGCGCGCCGUCUUCAUCGACUCGGACGCGUUCCGCACGUCCGACUUUCUCGCCAACCUCGUCGUCUUCUCGGCGCGGCUGCGCAACGCCGGCUUGAGCGAUCACGACCUCGUCUACCACGUCAGCGAGGCGCUCGCCGGCGCGCUCACGGGCGUCGGUCAUUCGCGCAUCUACGAGGAGGCCGACGUGUACCGCCUCGCCGUGCAGUACCACUUUGAGACGACGUCGCUCGUCGAGCCGCCGACCUCGCUCGACGUGAGCCUCGCCGGCCCGCCCCUGUCGAUCGCGUGGAACCCCCGGGACCGUCGUAACCCCUACCUCCUGACGUGGGCGAUGCGCGGCAUCGUCGAGGACCGCCGGGUGCGCGAGCUGUUCGGCAAAGAGCUCUCGGCGCUCAGGGAGGCGUACGAGACCUGGCGCCCGCAGACCAAGGUGCUCAAGGACGUGAAGCUCAAGCUCGAGGGUAUUCGCCUCAUGACGCCGCAGCGGUCGGGCAAGCUGUGA